AUGGAAAAGCGAUUCCAUAGUCUAUUCAUCGCUCCGGGUGCAACGAGAUACGCUUUUCAACAUAUUCGCUACUUUGUGGCUGUUAAUGGGACUUCAAACAAAACCCGCUAUGUCCAGAUCCUUCUUUUGGCUGUGUCAAUGGAUGCUCAGGAUGAACUGGCAAUUUUGAGAUGGGCGGUUGUUCCAAAUGAAUGUGAGGAGACAUGGGACUGGUUCUUGACUAGCUUGAGGAAAGCGCAUUUUGGGGUCAACGAGCGUGGAAGUGUACUGACUAAACAUGGAAUUGUCUUCAAAAGACUCUUUUGGAAAUGCGUCUACGCCAACAAGAAAGCUGAUUUUGACAAGUUUAUCGAUCAAAUCCGUCAAAUAAGACCUCUUGCUGCCGAUUACACAACGGAAAUCCUGCACAGUCAAUGGGCAACAUACGCUCUUGACUUUCACCAUUUCGAAGAAGUCACUUCAAGCUUAGCAGAGACUGCAAAAUCUUUUUUUGAAGCAGAUGCGGGAAUUACCUUUUCUUCAGAUGAUGUACGCUUUGUAUCGCCGCCAAAUGGAGACGUUUCAUAA